AGUUUUAGCCGCGGAGGGUGACGUCCGCGUGAUGCCUCGCAUCUUAAUUGAGAUGCUGUCGCGCGGAGGAGCGGUGCAGGUGUUCCACGGUGAUAAUUAAAUCAAAACAACCUCCCGCCCACGUGGAAAACGUGCUCACAAUCGGCUGCACUGAAAAACCACUAAGUCCUCGCUAUAAACUAUUCGUGUGUAUCAGUACAUCAGUUUAGGAUCGACUGGCUGUCACCUGAAACACGUCCAUUCAUUUUAAGCAGCAAGACAUCUCAAAGCUGUUGCCCAAGAUGAACAGCAGUGGACCAGCAUAUCCUCUGGCUUCUCUGUAUGUCGGGGACUUGCACCCAGACGUUACAGAGGCCAUGCUUUAUCAGAAGUUUUCUCCCGCUGGACCCAUCAUGUCAAUCCGUGUAUGCAGAGACAUCAUCACCCGCAGAUCUCUGGGAUAUGCCUACAUAAACUUCCAGCAACCAGCUGAUGCGGAGUGUGCCCUGGAUACAAUGAACUAUGACAUCCUCAAGGGUCGGCCGAUUCGAAUAAUGUGGUCUCAGCGUGACCCCGGACUCAGGAAGUCUGGUGUGGGUAACAUCUUUAUCAAGAACAUGGAUGAGUCUGUUGACAACAAGGCGCUGUAUGAUACCUUCUCAGUCUUUGGCAAUAUUUUGUCCUGCAAGGUUGUUUGUGAUGAGAAAGGAUCCAAAGGAUACGGCUUUGUUCACUUUGAGACUCAGGAGGCGGCAAACCGAGCCAUCGUAACCAUGAACGGGAUGCUACUGAAUGACAGGAAAGUUAGAAAGACAGGAACACAGUUGGUAUCUGGUAUUGCCAACUUAAAGGCCCGUUUCCUGGGAAAAAAAUCUCAGUUCUUCUCGCAUAGCUUUGUUGGACACUUUAAGUCUCGCAAAGAAAGAGAGGUAGAGUUUGGCUGCAAAGCCAUGAAGUUUACCAACGUCUACAUCAAAAACUUUGGUGAAGACUACACCGACGAGAAGCUCAAGGAAGUCUUUUCUGUGUUCGGGAGGACUCUGAGUGUCCGGGUGAUGAAGGACGAGAAGGGACGCUCCCGAGGAUUUGGCUUUGUGAACUACGCUCACCAUGAAGAAGCUCAGAAGGCUGUUGCUGAAAUGAACGGAAAGGACCUCAAUGGCAAAAUCCUCUACGUAGGACGGGCUCAGAAGCGUCUAGAGCGCCAAGGAGAGCUGAAGCGCAAGUUUGACCAGAUCAAGCAGGACCGCAUCCAGCGCUAUCAGGGGGUCAAUUUGUACGUGAAGAACUUGGACGAUACCAUAGAUGAUGAGAGACUUCGGAAGGAGUUUUCACCUUAUGGCACCAUCACCAGUGCAAAGGUGAUGACGGACGGAUCCCAAAGCAAAGGCUUUGGCUUCGUCUGUUUUUCUUCUCCCGAGGAAGCAACAAAAGCGGUGACCGAAAUGAACGGGAGGAUCGUUGCGACCAAGCCGCUGUAUGUGGCCCUGGCUCAGCGGAGGGAGGAGCGUAAGGCCAUUCUUACUAAUAAGUACAUGCAGAGACUGGCUAGUCUGAGAACCAUGGUCCCUCCAAUCGAGUCAUACCAGCAGUCUGGAUACUACAUGACUGUCCCACAGCCUCCCAGUCGUUCGUACUACAACCCCAGUGCUGUCGGCAACAUGAGACCAGUCCCUCGUUGGACAGGACAGGCACCGAGACCACAGGGCCUCUACCCGACCCAGUUUGUCGGUGGCCCUGUUCCCCGACGUGGAUCGAUCACCACGGUCAAGCAGGCUUCCACCCAGGCUCCACGCAUCAUAACCUCCACACAAAAGACAAAUAACAUCGGGACCCAGACUGUAGGAGGGCGCACGGACAUGAUCGGUGUGGUCAGGAGCAACCAGUACAAGUAUUCAUCUGCAGUGAGGAACCCUCAGCAGGUCGUCGUACCCGCACCCAUGAUCAGAGUACAGGCUGUUCCUGCUCCAGUGAUGGAGCCACCACCGCCACCACCACCUCCACCACACAUUCAAGGCUCAGAGAUGCUCACCGCCUCCAUGCUGGCCGCGACCCCACUCAUGGAUCAGAAACAGCUUCUCGGAGAGCGGUUGUAUCCGCUCAUUCAUGAGCUCCACCCCCACCUGGCUGGAAAAAUCACCGGGAUGCUGCUGGAGAUCGACAACUCGGAGCUGCUGCACAUGCUGGAGUCGCCCGAGUCUCUGCACUCCAAGGUGGACGAGGCGAUCGCUGUCCUGCAGGCUCACCAGGCGAAGGAAUGUUCCCCUAAGAAGUGAAGAGCUCUUUCAGAUGUCAACAACUUUCUGGAGGAAACAAAAUGAGAAAAGAAUAUUUUCAGGAAAGAAAAAAAGUUGUGUGGAUUAAAAAGAUUUAAGAAGUUAAAGCUAUUUUGUUGAUGCAGUACCUUUUGUUAGAAUAUAAAGUUUUCCAAUAUAUGCAUUAAA